AUGCCUGGCGACCUAAUCUCCCACGACAUUGAGGGUGGUGGGGAUGGUGGUGGUGUAGCUCUCCCACUUUUCGGAGGUACGCUCGUCGAAGAUUGGCCCUCUCAUCAACUCAGGUCAGUCACCCUCCAUCACCUCACAAGACGCUUCGUCACGCCUUCCGUGCUCAUCAACUCACUCGCGACCCUUUCGAUGCUCUCUCAAUCCCUCCCAGAUUGGAAGCUUGGUUCCGCAUACGUUCGAUCUCUCUCGAUUCGCCCCAAGCGACCGACUGUCUCUUGCUUUCAUUGAGGGGUUACGCCGCGUUGGUGUAUCAGCGCUUGGAACGCUCGGAGCGAUCGACGUACGAGAAAGGAGUUGGGUGGCUGACGAAUUAUUUCGUGAACGAGACGAGGACGAGGUAAGCCCCCUUUUCUGUAUGACGACCUGUAUGGUGAGGAUGAACACUCACACCGCCCUUGCUGACUCAUCUUUGUGCGAAAAUAAAUGUCCUUCAGGCUGAUGCGAACGAUGGCGCACAAGAAACUCGUUGCUCGGACUUAUCGUGAGAAAGGAAGAAGGGGGGAAUUCGUGAUGGAUAUGGUGCAAGAAUUGGAAGUACUCUUCUUUCAGGCCGGGAUACAUGAUCAAGAUGGGGCGAAGAGGAGGGCCUUCAUCCAGUCAGUGCAUUGUCUGAGUUAGCUUUUGUGUCCGAGGAGGCUUGUGCUUACUCAAUGGAGAGUUAACGACAGGUGCUUCAACGACUAUGCUGAGCUCAAACAUCGUCUCGAGCUGUCGACCACGAGGUAUGCCGAGGCGAUCGACGUGGCUAUGCAGUGGGAGUCGACGAGGAUCGGACCUCAACCUUCGAUCUCUGAGGCUAAAUCAUCAUCUUCAACCGGAAACGACAAAGCCACAGCUACCAGCGCUUCGAGCAUUUCAUCGCAACACAGUUCCUUUUUUGGCGAGCCGGAAUACAAGAAACUCCAGUCCUUUAUCGCAGCCAGUCGUCCCGAAUCCACCUCAAGCCCAAAGAAGAACCCCGAGCCCUACGUCGAUGCAGCGAACGAACUCUUCCUCGUCUCCACCCUCCUAGACGAACAAGGCGAAUGCCGACCUUCCUCUUCAGUCUACUUCUCCGAUCAACUCCUCUCCUCUCGGUCCCUCCUCGAUCUCCACAGACCGUUGAAUCCUCUUCAAGCUCAAACAACCUCACCCACCCCACUGAUCGCGCACCUCGUUCCUGGACCCCUAGCGCGUCACAGUCGUGAACACCUCGUCGUUGUUGGGGCUGAUCGAGAGGAAAGAGCGGAGGGUCAGAACCGUGGUAGGGCGUCACCGGCUGCUUCGGCGCAGUUCUCUAUUGGUUCGUUACCUUCCGAGAUUCGUCAUUCGAUUCAAUCGAGUCAACAUGGUAUCAUCGUCGUAUCCGAACCCAAUGACGAUCGUUCAAGCUCGCCAACCGCCAAUCAAGGAGUCAAUCCUGACCGUCGCUCGGACUCACGCGUCGACCAAGAGCACGACGACUACGAAUCCACGGGUUUACAACUAGAUCACGCGACCAUCUCACCUCUCAACUCGGUUGCAACAGCUUCCAUCCCUGGAAGUCUGAAUUCAUCCUUCAUCCAAGAGGCCCGCUCUUCAAACCGGUCUUUCGAACUCUCCUCCUACCGUCUCCCCUUCCUCGAAUUUGAUGAACCCAAAUCGCUCGGCGGUCUUGAUGAGUUCCCUACGCCCAAACGUCCUUAUCAACGAUCAACACAGCAACAGACGGGUCAUGGUCGUUCGCAAAGUGCGGUCGAGUUCUACUAUGGUUCAUUCGGAUCGCACGAUAUCGAAGGACUUUCGAUCAAUCGUUCGGUAGUAACAGAGUCGGAUCUUCCUUCCAACGACGCGAGGAAGCCUCAUCCCCCUUCGUUGUACGAUAGCAUCGCGAACGAGAUCGUCGGAGGGGUCUUACCUACCGAGAUGAACAACCUCGCGGACCUCCCAGGUGGUCUACAAGCUCGAAGGAUGAGUUACCCGGGUUUCACUUCGUUGGGUGGGGAGAAGGCGCCGCUGGUGAGGUCGUUCAGGUUCCCGAUGUUUGAGGCUUCUACGCCUGUGAUCAGACUUUGUGAACCUGAUGGAGAGGGGGAGGGGGUUGAGGCUCUGGAGGUGGGGACGAGACGCGAUUCCGAGGGGGAUUCGCUUCGACCCCUUGAACGUGCGUCCGACCUGGAUCGUGCUCAAACCCCUGUAACCACACCGACCCAAGAUAUGCUCCGACCCGACCUCUUCUCUCAACCCACUCCCUCUCUCCAACCCCUCGACCCUCAACAAAGCCUCAAAACUCGUCAGCACCGUUCCCUUUACACCAUGACAUCCAACAACGCUCAUCUGCAAAGCUCGAACUCAGGAAGUAUCGCCCGUCAUCGACAUGUGCGAGGAACGCCUCGGAAACUCGCCAAGCCUGGGCCUGGAGUUUCGCAUGGAAUCACGCCGACGGUGGUGGUGGAUUCACCGAAUCCUCAUUCGGGUCGGGGUCAUAAGCACGUCAAGACGAUGUCGUUGGAUCGAAACUUUUGGCGUUUGGGAGGUGGUGAGGGUGGGAAGGAGGGUAGGAGUCCGAAAUCGUCUGGUUGCACGAUUAUGCCAAUCGGUCCCGGGGGGAAAAGAUCAUCGAAUUCGAGUGGGUGGAAAGGUCUUUGGGGAAGGUGGUUCCAUCCGUCUUUGACGUCGAGUAAGAAUGAAGCAGGGGAGCAAAGGGAACAAAGAGGGUUCCAUGGGCCUUUGAGCUUGUACGAAGGAAAGGAUCAAGAGGAGGCGAAGAGUCCGAGGUUACCGGAGAUGAUUGUGGGUGGAGAAAUGAGGCAUCGAGACGACAGUGGAGAGGGUUUAGAGGAGUUGGUGGAGGACAUGGAGGAUGUGCAUGGUGGGGAGGGGCGACCGGCCAAGGAGAGGAGGGGUUUGAUGAUGAUGGAGACGAGGUUUUGA